CACCAUGAUGCUGCUCACGAAAUUAUUGAGACAAUUCGGUGGGUCUGUGAAGAAAUCCCAGAUCUCAAGCUUGCUAUGGAAAACUAUGUUUUAAUUGACUAUGAUACAAAAAGCUUUGAGAGCAUGCAGAGGCUUUGUGACAAAUACAACCGAGCCAUUGACAGCAUUCAUCAGUUGUGGAAGGGGACCACGCAGCCUAUGAAACUCAACACACGUCCCUCCAACGGGCUCCUCCGUCACAUCCUGCAGCAGGUCUACAACCACUCGGUGACUGAUCCAGAGAAACUCAACAACUACGAGCCCUUUUCCCCGGAGGUUUAUGGAGAAACGUCCUUUGACCUAGUGGCCCAAAUGAUAGAUGAAAUUAAAAUGACAGAGGAUGAUUUGUUCGUCGACUUGGGCAGUGGUGUGGGCCAGGUGGUGCUCCAGGUGGCCGCGGCCACCAACUGCAAACAUCACUACGGCGUGGAGAAAGCUGACAUCCCAGCCAAGUACGCUGAGACGAUGGACAGAGAGUUCAGAAAGUGGAUGAAAUGGUAUGGGAAAAAACAUGCAGAAUACACACUGGAAAGAGGUGAUUUCCUCUCAGAAGAAUGGAGAGAGAGAAUUGCAAACACAAGUGUUAUUUUUGUGAAUAACUUUGCCUUUGGUCCUGAGGUGGAUCACCAGCUGAAGGAGCGUUUUGCAAACAUGAAGGAAGGUGGGAGAAUUGUGUCCUCAAAACCUUUUGCACCUCUGAACUUUAGAAUCAACAGUCGAAACUUGAGUGAUAUUGGCACUAUAAUGCGAGUUGUGGAGCUCUCACCACUGAAAGGGUCUGUGUCGUGGACCGGGAAACCAGUUUCUUACUACCUGCAUACUAUUGACCGAACCAUACUUGAAAACUAUUUUUCUAGUCUCAAAAAUCCAAAACUCAGGGAGGAACAAGAGGCAGCUAGACGUCGUCAACAAAGAGAAAAUAAGAGCAACACAACUACUCCAACGAAGGUUCAAGAAAACAAGGAUUCUGGUGCUGAGGAAGAAAAGGCUGGGGCAAAUUCUGUUAAAAAGCCAUCUCCCUCCAAAGCACGUAAGAAAAAGCUGAGCAAAAAAGGAAGGAAAAUGGCAGGCAGGAAACGAGGGCGUCCCAAGAAAAUGAACACUGCAAAUACAGAGCGCAAGACCAAGAAGAACCAAACUGCACUAGAACUUCUGCAUGCUCAAACUGUGUCGCAAACAUCUUCAUCCUCUCCUCAGGAUGCAUACAAGUCACCUCAUAGUCCAUAUUACCAACUACCUCCUAAAGUGCAACGGCAUUCAUCUAACCAGCUCCUGGUGACACCCACCCCACCUGCACUACAGAAGCUGCUAGACUCUUUUAAGAUCCAGUACAUGCAGUUUAUGGCAUACAUGAAGACUCCUCAGUAUAAAGCAAGUCUGCAACAGUUACUGGAGCAGGAAAAGGAGAAAAACGCUCAGCUACUGGGGACCGCACAGCAGUUAUUCACCCACUGCCAGGCACAGAAAGAGGAAAUAAAACGUCUUUUUCAACAGAAACUUGAUGAGCUGGGAGUUAAAGCUCUGACCUACAACGACCUGAUUCAGGCUCAGAAGGAAAUCUCUGCUCACAAUCAGCAACUGAAAGAACAGACGAAACAGCUGGAGAAGGAUAACGGCGAACUCAGGAACCAGAGCUUACAGCUGCUGAAGGCACGGUGUGAAGAACUGAAGCUGGAUUGGUCUACACUGUCCCUGGAGAACUUGCUGAAGGAGAAGCAGGCCUUGAAGAAUCAAAUUUCAGAGAAACAAAAGCACUGUUUGGAACUGCAGAUCAGCAUUGUGGAACUUGAGAAGAGUCAAAGACAGCAGGAGCUCCUGCAGCUGAAAUCGUAUACACCGUCUGAUGAGUCACUGUCAGUGCAGCUACGCAAUAAAAACCAUCUGAGCCGUGAUCCUGAGGCUGAGCAUGGCAGGUUCCAGCUUGAGCUYGAAUGCUCUAAAUUCCCUGUCCCCCACAUCAAUGGCAUGAGCCCAGAGCUGUCCAUGAAUGGCCAUGCUACUCCCUAUGAAAUUCAUAAUACUUUCAGCAGGCCUUCCUCCAAGCAGAACACCCCUCAGUAUACAACCUCUCAUCUGGACCAAGAAAUAGUUCCAUGUACUCCAAACCACAACAGCAGACAGAAGGCAGACAAGAUGACAAGCUUGUCCUUACCCGACUACACCAGGUUUUCCCCUGCUAAGAUAGCACUAAGGAGACACUUGAAUCAAGACCAUGCAGUCAAUGGAAAAGCAACAACUAAUGAGAUACAGAGAGCUGACCAUGUAAAAGAGAAUGGCCUUACAUAUCCAAGCCCUGGUAUUAAUGGCAUAAAGCUGAGUCCUCAGGAAACUCGGCCCUCUUCCCCAGCGGCCUUACCAAUUGCAGGCGAGAAGGUUUUGAGAGAGAGAACCUCUGUGAGUAAUGGAGAAACUAUCACCAGCCUACCUAUCAGUAUUCCUCUCAGCACAGUGCAGCCCAAUAAACUCCCUGUUAGUAUCCCUCUGGCCAGCGUAGUCCUACCUAGCCGUGUUGAGAAGGUGAGAAGCACACCCAGCCCAGUUCAUCAGAAUAGAGACUCAUCGACACUUGAAAAGCAGAUUGGUGCUAGUUCUCAUAAUGGUGUAAGCAAUGCUGCUGGAAACAAGCCUCUGGCUUUGGCUACCUCAGGUUUUUCUUACUCUUCUGGCUCCGUGGCAGUCAAUGGGACUCUUUCCAACAGCCCAGCCCAUCUUAACCAUAGCGUUGAUCAGGCAGCUCUGGAUGACUCUGGGAGUCUCUUUAACUCGGUAGGGUCUCGGAGUUCCACUCCACAACAUCCGUUGCUAAUGAUGCAGUCAAGGAACUCCGGGCAAAGCUCCCCUGCUCAUCAGCACUCGACAAGCCCCAGGUUAAAUGGCACCUCCCAGAGCCUCGUGGGGGUCUUGCAGUACGCAGACGCCCAGAAGAUGUUUGCCGAAGGAACAAAGGGGGAUCUUCAGUCUGAUGCGGCGUUUUCAGAUCCUGAGAACGAGGCCAAGAGAAGAAUCAUCUUUACGAUCUCUCCUAAUACAGGACAUGUAAAACAGUCCCCUUCCAACAAGCACAGCGCUCUGCCCCCGGCCGCUCGGUUGGACUGUGGCCAAGCGCACGCGCAGGAUGGGAAGAAGCGAGGGCGGCGGAAGAGAUCRUCUGCCGGGAACGUCGGCGGGAGCUCUGGUGUCUCCCCUAAGCGCAAAUCCCUCCCGACUGUGUCGGGCCUCUUUACGCAGCCAUCGGGUUCGCCGCUCAACAUUAACUCCAUGGUCAAUAACAUUAACCAGCCUUUAGAAAUAACAGCCAUUUCCUCUCCUGAAAACUCCCUGAAGAACUCUCCUGUUCCUUACCAGGACAAUGACCUGCCCCCCGUGUUGAAAAAGGAGAAGCCGCUUGUGCAGAGCAAUGGUGUCCAUUACUCCCCGCUAACGUCGGAUGACGAGCAGGGAUCUGAAGACGAGCACAACAGCACCAGAAUUGAGAGGAAAAUUGCAACGAUAUCGCUGGAGAGCAAAUCUCCACAGAAGACUGUUGAAAAUGGUGGCAGUUUACCUGGGAGGAAACAAGCACAAACCAACGAGAGCAUGAACAGCAGUAAAUGGAAAUCGACUUUCUCACCAAUAUCCGACAUCAACCUGAGCAAAACUACAGACGGCCCCUUGCAGUCGGCUUCCUCUCUGAGCCAGAACUCGCUCUUCGCCUUCAGGCCUCCCGCUGAGGACGGCCUGGCCAUGGAGUCCAAGAUCGCGGCCCACGCGAGGAAGAGCGUUGCCGGGCCCUCCUGCGGGGCGGACGGGCUCAGCGCCGCCACAAACCCCGCGAAUGGAUUCACGUACAACGGGGCACUCUCGACAGACAUGGGUUUGCACAGCUUUAUCGACGGUGCUUCUCUUCCGCAUAAGGCUCCGGACGGGGCUUCCAGCUGCUCGCUGGGGUUUCAGUCCCAGCGGGGCAAAGAUGGGGGCGGAUCGGAAACCAACCCUUUUCUGAACAAGAGGCAACUCGAAGGCCUCAGCAGCACGAAAGGAGAAGACUUGAAUCGGUCAGGGGUCAAAAGCAAGGAGAUCAGCGAAAUAARCAUCCGUGCUGGGGGUUCUUCGGAGAAAAACCCUUUGCAGCAUAACGGAAAGGUCGGCAAAGGAAGGGACCGAGAUGUGGAGUUCAAAAAUGGCCACAACCUUUUCAUUUCUGCUGCUGUUUCCUCUGGUGGCCUUCUGAAUGGUAAAAGCCUUUCGACUGCUGUUUCUUCAGCAGGCAACCCAGCGUCUUCUGUUCAGCCACACCAUCCUUUCCUAAACGCUCUGACCACUGGAUCGCAGUUCCCCCUUGGCCCCAUGGCCUUGCAAGCAAACCUCAACUCAGUGACAAAUUCCUCAGUAUUGCAGUCCUUAUUUAAUUCAAUGCCAGCUGCUGCCAGUCUGGUCCACGUGUCAUCAGCUGCAACCAGACUGACUAAUUCUCACACUAUGGGGAACUUCUCUCCUGGGGUUACAGGUGGAACAGUUGGAGGUAUUUUUAACCAUGCGGUGCCUUCUGCCUCCUCUCCUCAUCAAUUUGGAGCCAGUUUCAGCAGCAGUGCUGUCUCUAGCAGCACCGUGCUAAGCUUAAACCCUCUGCAGGCUGUGGCCAGCACCUCCUCCCCAUCCUUCCCGUCCCCCGCUAACUCAGUAACCCCUAGCGAGAGCAGAGGCGCCCAGCAGCUCCGCCGGGCGCCGGGGCAGGCUGUCUUCCCCCCCGCUCCGCCGCCUCCUAACGUCUCGCUGCCCCCUCCGCCUCCGUUGCUUGCUCCUAACCCCGAGCCCGCGCUUCUGCAGCCCCUGCCGCCCGGCGACGCUUUCUCGCCCUCCUCUUCCGCUUCUGCCCAACCUGCUAACGCUUCUUUGUCUAUUAAGCUUGCUUCUCUGCAGCACAAACCCUCCCGCCCCUCCUUUACCGUCCACCACCCGCCUGUGCCCCGCUUGGCGCUGGCACCGCCGGCCACCGCGCAGCCCAACGCAGCCGGCACGUCCGCUAUGUGGCUUGCCCUGGGCAUGCAGCCUCCUUACGCUUCGCACCUUUCUGGGGUUAAGCCACGAUAAGGAGCUUGCUUAGCUAACGGUUCUUGUUUUGUAAGGUAACUAGGAUUUCUACCUCAACCCAAUGUGACCUAUGCAAGGACAUCGUGGACCAACUUCACUCGGCUUCCACUGAAAGGUGCUCACCUGGCCUGUGCAGGGGUUUCUACU